AUGCAUCACAGUACACUUUGUUGUAUCCUAUAUCUUCUUGUUUUACAACAAACAAUGAGUGCUGCAUCAUUCGUUCCGUUUUUAAGAACUUCCGAUCUCAAAUCAAUAAAAUCAUUUGCAAUUAGACCUCUACGGACUCCAGUUAUGAGCCGAUCAGUAUUAACGUCGUUCAUUGACGAUACAGACUUGAUGGAACAUGAGACAGAGGGCAUCAAUCUCAGCGAUUACGAUCAACUAAUGAAAUUCAAAACACGACCUUUAAUUAUGACACUAUUAAAUCAGCGACGUUGGAUGAAUUCGAAGAGAAGAGGACCACUUCUUGGAUAA